AUGGCUGUCGCAUCUAUCCAAGACCGAACCUCCGAGUUCAAGUCGGUACUCGCCCAGGCACAGCGAAAACAAUCCUCCUCAAAAGUCAGCUCUCAGCGCCGGUCUCUAUUGACUGAUGCGCAAAAAGAUGCCGCCAACGGUCAUGCUGGAGGUCCCCCAAGACGAUCCGAGUUCGCCCGGAAGGCUGCUGAAAUUGGACGUGGCAUCUCUGCGACUAUGGGCAAGUUGGAAAAGCUAGCUCAAUUGGCGAAGCGACGAACACUUUUCGACGACCGUCCCGUGGAAAUCAACGAGCUUACUUUCGUUAUCAAGCAAGAUCUCUCGUCUCUAAACCAGCAAAUUGGAGCUCUUCAAACACUCACCAAGCAACAACACCCCAAGGCCGAUCAGGAGGGCGAGCACAACAAGAAUGUUGUCUACCUGCUACAAGGCAAGCUCACCGACGUCUCGGUCAACUUCAAGGACGUUCUUGAGGCCAGAACCAAGAACAUCCAGGCGUCGCGAUCGAGAACAGAGAACUUUAUCUCCUCUGUGUCGCAACAUACUCAGCCAUCGAUUCAACAGUCGGCUUCUCCUCUCUACGGAACACCAGCUCGCAACUCGCCCGCGCCAGGAGCUCAAGAUACCCUGUCUCUCAACCCCGUUGGCGAUCAACAGCUGCUGAUGAUGGAAGAGGCACAACCCUCCAACACAUAUAUCCAACAACGUGGUGAAGCGAUUGAGGCUAUCGAGAAGACCAUUGGUGAGCUUGGCAGCAUUUUUGGACAACUAGCCACCAUGGUUUCGGAACAGAGCGAGAUGAUUCAGCGCAUUGACGCCAACACAGAAGAUGUGGUCGAUAAUGUUGAAGGAGCACAGCGAGAACUCCUCAAGUACUGGAACCGAGUAUCAAGCAACAGAAUGUUGAUUGCCAAAAUGUUUGGAACGCUAAUGAUCUUCUUCCUGAUCUGGGUUCUUGUUUCGGGCUAA